CGGUGAGAGUUUAGAGCCGAACGCGGACUAGUGCGCUUCGAAUGGAAUUGAACGUUUGCGCACGAGCGCAAACGUUAGCGCGAGCGUUCACACACAAAAAAAAAAGACCCCACACACAAAGCAUACAUAUGAAAAGUGAAUACGGGUAGAUCGGUGAUAAGAAAAAAGAAAAAAAAAAAAAGAAUUAUACAUUCGGAGAAGUGUAUAAUCAGCGAAAGAAGAUUAUAUCGUUUAUCAUCAAGGAUAGCGAGUUGAACAUGUGAACUUUUUUAAACGUUCAGUUUGAUGAUCCUUCAAGAAUACUUACGAUUAUCAAUCUCAUUUGUAAUCUACGACAUUAUUUUCAAAUCACAUACGUCUGAUUUUUUAAAUCAAAUCCAUUUCGUAUUAAUUCCGCUAUUUUUCAUUUCUCACUCUCUCCCUCUCUCUCUCACUCUCUCUCUCUCUCUCUCUCUCUCUCUCUUUCUAUCUCUCUCUUUCUCUUAUUUUCUAUCUUUCUAUCUGUUUCUAUCUCUCUUUCUAUCUCAAUGACAUAUGAUCGAAGUUCGUACGAGGAAAUAUGUUUGACUUGAUACUAUCGAAAAGUCGAAGAAGAAGGAAAAUAACAAGAUAGUGAAAAAGAGAGAGAGAGAGAGAGAGAGAGAGAGAGAGAGAGGAAAGGAAAAGAACAAGCGAGAAGAAGAUAGAGAUAAAGAUAGAGAUAACGAUAACAAAGGAAAGAAGAUAGAAGAAAAAGAAGAAGAAAUAGAGGAAAAGAGAAAUCUCGUUGAUCGUAAAAGAGGAAGAAAGAAGUAGUAAUAGCGCAGCAACAGCAAUAGUAAAAGUAGCAGUAAUAGUAGUAGAAAAAGAAGAAGAAGGGGAAGAAAAAUAACAACAACAAUAACAAGAACGUAUACAACGUUGCGGCAAGUCCGCGUAAAUCGUCGAGACGAGCGAUGACGCGAGAGUUUUAACGUAAGCGUUAGUUUAUUUCGGAUGUAUAUCACCGAGGAUGAUAGUGGGGAGGACGGCGGUUGCCGUCUGAUCUCCGUCCGUCAGUGCGUCGACGUCGACGGAACACGCGAGAACUCGUGGCCAGAAAAGAGACGAGCACCGCCACCUCCACCACCACCUCCACCGCCACCGCCACCACCUCCGCCGCCACCACCGCCGCUAUCGUCGUCAUCGUCAUUGACUUUACCAUCUUCUCUUUCUCCUCUUUCUGUUACUUCUAUUCUUCCUCCUUCUAAUUCUCUUCCUACUGAAUCAUUUUUAACAUCCAACAAUGUCAACGAAGAGAAGAAAAUAAACGAAAGAGGAUAUUAUUCGAACGAAAGGAUUACCACUGCCUCCAAUUUAUCGGAGAAUUUUAAUUGUACGUCAUUAGGGUCGAUGAAAAAGUUUGAUUUACGUUUGAAUUCGUCGAGAAUCGAUAGAUCGAAAGAUCAACGAGCUACGAUCAACGAGGAUUUAUCGUCGAGAAGGAUAAAAGUAUCACGCUCGUUGGAUAUUCUCAACGAAGGUAACAAUAAUAAUAAUAAUAAUAAUAAUAACAACAACAACAACAACAACAACAACAACAACAAUGAGAACGGAUUGACGCUUGAAGGGAAACGUACGACCAUACUGAAUCUAUGUUAUCGUGACACUUUGACACGAGCUACGAGGAACAACGUGACGAAAUCAAAGUCCUCGUCGAUUUUAAAGAUCGUUCCGAAUAACGUCGAUCAACGUCGUGUCCUAAGGCGUACACUUUCGGCACCUGGUUCAGAAUCAAUUAACGAGGAUUCCACGCAUGAGAAUUUAUCAAAUACGAACUUGAAAAUCAUCGACGAGAUCGUACUCCAAUCGGCUACGAGAUAUCGUACGAGAAACGAUACAUUAUCAACGUUAAAUACGACGAGAACACGUGCCUCGUCGUUCGUUAUUGAACGUAGGAAACAUCGUAAGUGUUCACGUCUUUAUUCCUCAAGAUCAACCGAGGAUCUAUCUACGGGGAUUAGAAAGAGAAACGAAUAUACUGAGUUUAUAACGACGACGGAGGCCGAUGGAAUGCGGAACUGUAGCAACGCUGUCGCUGGCGUCGACGAGGACGAAGGAUGCGUCCUCGUUGGUGUACGUUCUCUACACGAGGAUGGUACAGGACCAACCGAUACCACUUUACGAUCUACUAACACAUUGAUAAAUUCACGACAGGACGACAGAUGUACAAGAAGGGAUCGUGAACGUGCUAGGAUAUUAAGACGGCGAAGGAUCAAUGGAAGAUCGGCUUCGGUUCCUAGACUAAACAGACAUAUCGACGACAAACGACAACAACGACGAGAACGACGAGAACGACGACAACGACGACAACGACGAGGUUCGCUUGGCAAGACGAAGUCACGGGUAAUACCGUAUCGAAAGACCGAGCUAAAGUGUAACUAGCAUUAUUGGCGUUGC